AUGGGAGGAAAUUCACUAGUAAGGGAUUUGCCAUGGCUAAAACCAUUGUUGCAAACUGAAUUCUACGGGUCAUGUGAAUGUAAGAGCUCAAAGCAGUGCAAUUUUUACUGUAGGGAUUGCAUGGGAUCACCAUUCUGUGAAAAUUGCAACACCAACCCUCGUAAACAUGAAGGCCAUGGAAGUCUCCAAGUGUACAAAUCUUCAAGCAGGCCAGGGAUUAAGAUUCGUGGCAUAAAGGAUUUAAUGGAUGUUUCGGAUAUCCAACCUUAUGUCUGCAAUUCUUCUAAGCUUGUAUACAUCCAUAGAAAAAGAAGGCAAGAGCAUGAAAGUCGCACUCAUGGUCGAAAGGGUGAUAAGUGUGAAGCCUGUGGCUACGAACUACAAUGUUCCACAUCAAAGUUUUGCUCAAUUGAAUGCAAAGUAAACGGGGAGAUGGCUGUAGAGGAGGAAACAAGCAAUGAAGAGGUUCAUGCAACUUCGACUACUCGCCCAACUUGUCAACCUCUGGCUCAAGCCGAACCUAAUUCUUUCAGGAAAAGAAAAAGAAAAGGGAUUCCUCAAAGGUCUCCCUUCUUUUAG